GUCGGCGGGGCGGCGGCGCUGCCGGCGCUCGAGAUCUCCGUCGCGGACGCGGACGCGACGGGCGUCUUCGCCCAGAUCCCCCAAGGGAUCGUCAGGUACCGGGUCUCGCUCAACAUGACCGGGCUCGACGCGGUGCAGUACUUGCUCGAGAUCGCCAACACUCUCUCCGCCGAGUUCAUCUGCGAGGCCAAGCUGACCCACCGAGGCUACAACAUCCCCUACACGUCCCCGCUGAAGGAAGGGACGACCUUGCUCUUCUCGGCGGAUAGACGGACGCUCACGGUCGACUGGGGGGUCGUCAGGAGCACGCAUCAGGUCGGUCUCGGAAUCGGUGGAUCGCACUUGCACGACGUCUGCCUCCACAGGUGGAUUUGGAACCAGGUGGAUGUCCUUCUGGGUGUGAAUCCACCUGGAGGGACAUCCACCUGGUUAAAAUCCACCUGGAGGGACAUCCACUCGAUUAAAAUCCACCUGGAGGGGACAUCCACCUGGGUCGAAAUCCUCCUCCCAUCCACCCAGUCCAGGUGGAUAACAGGUGAAGGUUUUGUGCGUUCGUUGAAGGCGGCGGGAGUGGAGGCGAACGAGAUGGUGGAAUUGGAGGUGAUCACGACGGUCGGGAGCGGGAUGGCGGACGGGGAGGAGUUCUACCUCAACUUCACGUUUGGGGGCGUGGCGGUCGCGCCGACGGGGAGGGUCGUCGUCGAUAAGACCUUGGCGGGAACGGGAAAACCGACCUUCUCCAUCGUGGGGGCAUGGGAUCCCGGGAACUGGUACAAGAUGGCGGCGAUCGCCUUCGACUACCGGAUUUCGCUGCCGCCGAACGCGCCGAUCGCGAACGCGAGCGUCGCGGUGCGGGCCGCGGGGGCCGCGGCGGCGGCGGGGCACGUGAGGCUGUGCCGGGUGGAGGUGGCGUUCGCGGGGGACGCGGCGCCGUGCGUCCAGGGCGCGAGGGGCGUCGUGAACGCGGCGGCGGUGUACUCCAAAUCGUGA